AUGUUUUCAAUACUCAAGUAUGAGAUUCAGUCACUUCACUUUUAUGACGAUCCAGAGCGCUCUGAGACGCAUCCAGAGCGCUCUGAGACGCAUCCAGAGCGCUCUGAGACACAUCCAGACCGAUCUGAGACGCACCCAGAGCGCUCUGAGCCCUCCUCACAGCGCUCCGAGGCACAUCCAGACCGAUCUGAGGCCCUCCCACAGCGCUGUAAGGCACAUCCAGAUUGCUCAGACACAGACACACAUCCAGAUUGCUUUCAGGCCUUCCCACAUCCCACAGCGCUCUGA